GUUUCCGGCCGGACUCGGCGGGGCGGGCAGGGUCGAACCCAACCGAGCCGACCGAGGCGGGUCUGGAGCCGUGGAGAAGCCUGGUGUGGGUCCGAGGGGCAACUGUUGGGACCCCAGGCGCGGAAGCGGGGAAGAGGAACCCUCGCGGAGGGCUGCGGCGGGGUGGGCGCCUGAGUCCUGUCUUGCAAGGCGGCCCCCCACCACCGUCCUAUGCCUCCCCAUCCCGGUGCCCUCAACUGGAGCAAGACCUGCCCAGGGCCCGACCCCACUCUCUUCUGAAUCGCAGACCCUACCCUGGUGCCUUCGCAGCCCCCUUCCCAGUUCCUGUUGAAAAUGGAUGAUUCGGAGGCAGACUUCAACUUGAAAGUCGUCAUGGUUGAUUUUAAGCAGUGCCUCAACGAGAAAGAGGAGAUCCUAAUGAACCACUACCUCAGCGGCUGGUGGGGGCUGGUGAAGUUUCUGAACAGUCUGGGUGCCAUCUUUGCGUUCAUCUCCAAGGACGUGGUGGCAAAGCUGCAGAUUAUGGAGCGGCUGCGUAGCAGCCCACAGGGGGAACACUAUGCCAGCCUGCAGUCCAUGGUGGCCUAUGAGGUGGGCCACCAGCUGGUGGACCUGCAGCGGCGUUCACGCCACCCUGACUCGGGCUGUCGCACCGUGCUGCGGCUACACCGAGCCCUGCGCUGGCUGCAGCUGUUCUUGGAGAGGCUGCGUACCAGCCCCGAGAAUGCCCGCACCUCCACGCUCUGCACUGACUCGUAUAAUGCCUCACUGGCUGCCUACCACCCCUGGGUCGUACGCCAGGCCGUCACCGUGGCCUUCUGUGCCCUGCCCACACGCAAGGUCUUCCUGGAGGCCAUGAAGGUGGGGCCGCCUGAGCAGGCCAUAGCAAUGCUGGAUGAGGCGCUACCCUUCCUCGAACGUGUCUACGAUGUUGUCCAGAAGCUCUAUGCAGAGCACACACUGCUGGACCUCCCCUAGUGCAGCGGGCGGUCCUCUCGUUGUGUCCUCCUUCAUGCUGGGACAGACUGACAGAGAAGUGGGUGCUGGCUGUCUGCUUCUCUGCCGUCCUGGUCAGUCUGUGACCAUCCCACAUUCCCUGGGUGUCUCAGCAGACAUCUGCUCCGCUGGGUUCACAGAGGUCCUGGGAGCAGAAAGGCAGCAGGGGUGGAGGGGGGGCAGGUGGAAUAGGUGUUCACCACUGCAGCCCAGCAGUCCUCCCGCCUGCCCAUGUCUGUGAAGUGGUGGUCACGGUCCCAGGGGCUCAGAGACCCCCUCUCCAGCACCCCAGGUGUGUGUGUCCUUCCUAUACCUGCCUCAGGCCACAACACAUGCUGCUGAGCAGCCCCUGCGUCUGCCCAGGUGUAAGGCCUCCUGGGUUGCCCGUUGCCAGGGCAGGGAGGGGACAUCUGGGUCACAGCCUGGGCUCUAUGGGCUUCUCUCUUCCCCUACCGCCCAGUCGGUGCUUCCAGGUGCUGAGCAGGCCUCGGGCCCACAGUGACAGCUGGCGCUGAAGCUCCCUCUCUGCCCCUUGCAGAUGUGUCAGCUUCAAGGACACAGCAGGCGCUUCCCCUGUUAGUCACCUGUGGUCUGCACAGUCCCGAAGCCCCCGGGGAGCCAUAUGCUGCUGGACCAAGGUGUCCCCUUGCCCCAGCUCCCCAAGAUGCUGUGUCCCCUCCCCUGCCCCUUGCUGCCCCCAACAUGGUGUUCAGCAGGCCAGCAUGGGCCUGGUGCAAGGAGGGUUCUGGACCUGGCAUCCUUAGGCCAGGCAGGCAGGUGGCCUCUCCCACUAUGUCUGCUCAUGGUGGACCCAGGACACUGGGCUGCAGGGACAGUGUGUGUGGAACAGACGUGUACCAGUGAACCUUUCGGGUGGACUUGACCCUGGGAAAUUGUAACGCAUGUUGGGCUUUCCAGUAUGAAUAAAUCACAUUUACUGGACCAGCUAA